CUGGAGACUCGGAUGCGUCUGUCCGCGAGAAGGGACCACACGGCCCCGCGUGUAGUGUCGACAGACGCCCUAGUCCCUUCUUGGGCGAAUAGGAGGCCGAGGCAUGCGGAUGGCCCGGAUUGACAGCCCUCCUCCCUUUCCUCACUUCACUCCUCACUUUGCUCCUCUCAUUGGACAUCUCGCUCCCUCUUGCUCUCCUUCAUUCCCUCCAUCCACCACUCCGCUCCUUUAUUCCUGCCAUGGCAGACAUUCUCCCGCAGCUCAUCGAGUUUGCCACUCAGCUGGAUCUGCAGCGGCUCAUCGUUGCCCAAACAACAAUCUGCCUCUUUGCAGCAGUCCGCUCCGUCCCUGUCUACAAUCUGCCGCUGCUCUUCUUUGGGCUCUACGCCUACCAGCACCACGACUCUGCAGAACCACUUCAGCAGUUUGCAGGGUUCACGGCGUUUAGCAUUUUGCUGGAUAUCGUCUGGUGUUUGCUCUCGCCCGGCAUUGGAUUUGGCGAAGGGCUUACGAUCGCCGCACUGCUAAUCAAGCCGAUGACUAUCAUCUCAGCGCUCCAGCUUCUGAAAUACCGAGGCGACCCCUUUUCCUCUCUAGGUGGCGGGAACUGGUCAGGCAGAACAGGAUAUGACGGCGGCAUUGGAGGCUACCAAUCCCUUGGUGAUGCCAUGGACUAUGAGCGAGACGCCGAAGAGAUCAGUAUUUCGCGGCAUCACAACAACAGUAGCCACCAGCAUGGGCGACAUCGCAACUCUCCACACUCAGGAUCCUUUGUCACAUCGAGCAGUCGCUCCACGUCUGUCAAGUCGAGCAAGGCAGGCAGUGGCCAUAAUGUGGAGCUCGGCGGGAACACGGGGGGUGUACAUCAUGGAAGCACUCAUGGAAGUUUUGUAUCUGCGGGUAUGACCUCUUUGAGUAGCGGAGGCGCUGGAACGGGUGCAGCUAUUGUUGCUUCUGCUGCUGCUGCUGCUGCCGCAGGGGCACCGAAGGACGACCGAAGAGAUAAGGUCGGACAGAACAUCUCGGAGGAUGAGGACGAGGAUACGAGUAGCCGUGAGAUCCCGGCCAGUGGAGGGACAGAGAAUGCCCGUGCAGGAUAUCAGGCCUUUUGAGAAGCAGCUUCAAUAAACUUUCCGUUGAGGUC